AUGACUUUAUUUACUCGUUUCGUUGAGCCAGGUCGCCUUUGUAGAAUCCAGUAUGGACCAGACACAGGAAAGAUGUGCUUCAUUAUUGAUGUCAUUAAUAUGAAUCGUAUUUUGAUUGACGGUCCAACAACCGAUGUAGCUCGUCAAAGCAUUCCUUUAAAGAGACUUACUCUUACUGAUUUCAAAGCAAAGAUCCCUCGUGGUGCUAGAACUGGAACUGUUAAGAAGAUUUUGGAGAAGGAUUCCAGCAUUGAGAGUUUUAACAAGACCACUUAUGGUCAGAAAUGUGCUGCCAAAAUUUUCAAGGCAAAUAUGACUGACUUUGAGCGUCAUGCUCUUUUGGUUGCUCGUAAGAAGAGACAAUACCUCGUCAAACAGAUUCUAAAGACCAAGAAGAACUAA